AUGUUCCUUGACCGGCAACUCCCCAGCGUCCAUUCCAUUGGGGAGCCUGUGGAGACGCUAUCCAAUCAGGCUGCGGACUGUUGGAGUCUCAAAUUCUCUACGAUGGCAACGUCGUCGCACAAUCCCUUUCCUCGAUCCCCCAAUCCUUCCACAAGGUCAUACGACUCUUCGUCAGUCUCGUCAACAACCUCGCCGAAGCCGUCAGCCCAGUAUCUCGGCAGCUUGAUGAGCACAAGUGCGAGGUCGGGCGCUGCCCAUGCGCCCCAGCCCAUAGGCAUCCCCCCUCUGCCUCCGGUUAGCCAGUCGGCCUUUCAGCCAUAUACCCCAGUGACGGCAACUUCGGUGAUGGGACGUGACUCUCUGCCAUCCAACGACUCGGUGGUCAGCACGCCGGGACUCUCCAAUGCGCAGCUUUCGGCCAAUGUCCAAGCACAGAAACGUGCUUAUCGCCAAAGGCGCAAAGAUCCCAGCUGCGAUGCUUGCCGGGAGAGGAAGGUCAAGUGCGAUGCUACCGAAACGACGAGUUGUUCCGAGUGCUCGAGCCGCAAUGUCAAAUGCCAAUUUACCAAGGAGACGAACCGGCGCAUGUCUUCCAUCAAGCAGGUCCAGGAUCUCGAGAAGCAGAUCGACCGGGUGCGCCGAGAGAACAGCAGUCUGAGGCGCAUGUUGAGCGAGAGAGAUGGCCAGAUGGACCUCGAUGUGGAAAAUGUCGAUCAGUUACCGACUCACAUACCAGAAAUAGGCUCCGAACCCAAACGACGAAAUCGCACGUUGCCGCAUCAAGAUCCAGCGAGGGCAAGAGCCAAUAUACGAACUUACUCCAAGGGACUACUAAAACCACCUGCGCAAUAUCGUCCCUCGGCAGUGUCGGUCUUAUUUGAGCCGCCUCUGCCCCAGCUGCCGCCUAAAGCAGUGACGGAGAAGUUGCUGUAUUCCUACUAUGGCGCAGUGCACAUCAUGAUGCCGUUAUUACAUUGGCCUACCUUACGGCAUGAAGUCGACGAACUCUAUCACGGAGGAAGCCUGCAGCGCGUCCCAACAUCGUGGCUGUCCAUGUUCUUUGCUGUUCUGGCAGCCGGCAGUCUCUUCAGCAGUGAUCCUCAUCCAGACCGCGCGUACCGUGCGGCCGAGUUUCUAGAAUUGUCUAGAAACCUCACAGAUCCUUGGAACAACGACUUUGUGCUUGACAACGCCCGAACAUUGUUUCUCAUCUCUCUGUGCUUGAACGAGCUGAACUUGAAGUCGGCAUCUUGGUCGUGGUUAGCAACGGCUGUCAGAGCAGCUCAGGACAUGAGUUUACACCUGGAAGCAGGGCCGCGUUCAAGAGUAGAGGCGGACAUGCGUCGGAGAGUGUGGUGGGCCAUCUACAUCCUCGACCGGACCUUGUCCCUGGAACUGAGCCGACCAUCCAUGAUCAACGACGCUGACUGCGACGUCAGCCUCCCUGAACCUAUCGAUGACCAUUUCCUCCAUUCCGAAGGUCCAGUACACCCCCUGAAUGCGGACCCCCUGACCCACUCCCUUCACGUCAUCAUUAAUGUAGUGCGAUCAUUCCAUGCCAUGACACAGGCUUUCACUUCUUCACCCAUUCCGCCUACGCGGCUGUCGAGUUUUGACGCACAUUUUGCGGCGUGCCAACGUGCCUUCCCCGCGGCCUGCGAUCCCUCGAGCAACCUGCCGAUUCCUCCUCACAUGCUUACGCCCAUCGCCUACCUCUUGAACGCUCGUCUGAUGCUGCACCGACAUAACCUCGCACCGACGUGCCCUCCCGAUGUUCGCAGUGUUGCCAUAGAACAGUGUAUGCACACGGCGCUGGAGACGGCCCAUCUGAUCAUGCGAACCAACGCUACUCUUGCCGAUACUGCUACCGCACUGCUAACGACCCACAUCUUCCGUUCGGCACUAUUUCUGGUGCUGACGGGCUGCUACGACCAAGCGUCGACUUGCAUUCGGGCUCUGAAGUCGAUUGAUGCCCGGCGAGACGUUGCGGUGCCCUGUGGUCGCUAUAUUUCCUUCUUUGUCUCGGCUGUGUCAAGCAAGCGAGCCGAAUACUCGGCGCUCCUCUCGCGAUCGUUUCCCACUCACGGAUACCCUCCACCACAUGUCACUGGCCAGGCCCUACAGGAUCAACUUCUCAAAGAUGAAGAACUCCUGGCGUACCUCAGCGUUGAUCUGCAAGCUGGGGUAGAGACCGGCUGGAUCUGGGCCGGGGCUGACCGCGACGUCGUGAUGCCGGCCGCUCCAGCUGGUGGUGGCCUGACUCGAGCCGAGAACCGUACUGGACUUGCCGCCGAAGAAAUACAAGAAUGGGGCGGUUGGGACAGACUUGACAGUCUUCUCAGAGCAAUACCGUCAGGAUCAACGACACCGGUCGCUACUUACGCACCACAUACGUUACCGCCCAUGAAGAUGGAACAGGGACCAAGUUCCAUUCCUCGGAGUGGCACAGCCGGACCUGAAAGCGCAGGGAAUAGUCCGAGACCAGGAUCUUCUAAGCGCAACACUGAAAGAAUCAGCAUCGCCAACAUCAUCUAA